AUGGAGACGGCCGCCGACGCCGCUGAGAAGACCCAGGCAUUCGCUCACCGCCUCGUGGAGUUCGCGGACUAUGAGAAAUGCGUCAAGUACUUUACCGAGCGACAGAUCGACUUCGAUCGCGCCAACGUCGUGGGCUGGAGCGUCCUCAUGAGCGUCUGUGCCUCUGGCCGCGACGAUCUCGUAGGGUUCGUUGCAGACCGAACUACUGCAGUUGACUGCGCUACGAACACCAACCGGACGACGGUGCUGCACCUCACUGCCAUGUCUAAAAACACUCGUGUGAUGGAGGAGCUGGUUGCAACUGCUGAACGAAAAGAGAAGUUGCAGAGAAUCAUUGAUCAGCCGAAUGCCCAUGACGACACAGGUGCGCACUGGCGACGACUUGAAUAA